UCUACCCCUCAUUCUCCACACUCAAAUCUGUAAUUCAAGAUCUCAAAGCAGAAAACCCUAAAUUCCCAAAAAUUAUCUGAAUUCUCCAAAAUUUCAAUGGCUCGUACCAAGCAAACUGCCCGAAAAUCCACCGGAGGCAAAGCUCCAAGGAAGCAAUUAGCUACAAAAGCUGCUCGGAAAUCAGCCCCGGCGACCGGAGGAGUGAAGAAGCCACACAGAUUCAGGCCCGGAACUGUUGCACUUCGAGAAAUCAGAAAGUACCAGAAAUCGACCGAGCUCCUUAUCCGCAAACUUCCUUUCCAACGUUUGGUUCGUGAGAUAGCUCAGGAUUUUAAGACCGAUCUGAGGUUCCAGAGCUCUGCUGUUGCAGCUCUUCAAGAGGCGGCUGAAGCAUACCUUGUUGGUUUGUUUGAGGAUACUAACCUUUGUGCCAUCCAUGCUAAGAGAGUGACCAUUAUGCCGAAAGACAUUCAGCUCGCUAGAAGAAUUAGGGGUGAGAGAGCUUAAAUUGGGAUUAUGCCGUGAUGGUUAUUGUUAGUUUUUGAGUAUAUAGUGGGUUGUUUUAAGAGUUUGGAGCCUUUUGUGUUUUGGUGUAGAACUUUCUCAGUUCUGAAUUUGUAGUUGAAUCAAGAGCUUUUCAAUGGAAUAUCAGUACUUUUUUGUUCAAA